UCUAUCCCAGAGGAGAUGAAGAAAGGCUCUCUGAUCGGUAACGUAGCACAAGAUCUUGGCUUGGAUCUGAAAAGGCUCCGUUCUGGCCGGGCCCGGAUUGUGAGCGGAGAAAACACCCAGUACAUAGAACUGAAGGCAGACAAAGGGAUUUUAGCAGUGAAUGAGAGAAUAGACCGAGAGCAGCUUUGUGGCGACGUGACACCGUGCAGUUUCAGCUUCGAAAUCAUUUUGGAAAAUCCGAUCGAGUUGCAUCGUAUCGUGGUCGAAAUACUGGAUGUGAACGACCAUUCCCCCGUGUUUAGAAAUAACCACGUACAAAUGGAAAUAAGCGAGUCCGCUGUGAUCGGGUCUCGCUUCGUGCUGGAAAGUGCGGAUGACCCAGACGUGGGACUAAAUGGACUGCAACAAUAUGUUUUAAGCAGCAGUGACAAUUUUGUCCUGAAAAAACACGCCAACCCAGACGGCAGUAAAUUUGCAGAAAUUAUCCUUCAGAAACCGCUGGACAGAGAGGCGCAACCCCGCCUCUCCUUUAAACUGAUAGCAGUGGACGGUGGAACGCCGCAGAGAUCUGGCACAGUAAAUAUUGAUAUCACAGUGUUAGAUGUCAACGAUAAUCCUCCAGUAUUUAACCAGUCUAUUUACAGGGCAACUGUCUUAGAAAACGCAACGCCAGGGACUCACAUUAUAAGCGUAAAUGCUACGGACGCUGACAGUGGAUCAAACGGCUUGGUGACUUAUGCGUUUUCUAAUUUGAAAGGAAACUUAGCUGACACGUUUAACAUCGACAAGAACACUGGUAAAAUCACGGUUUCUGGACAAAUAGAUUAUGAAAAGGACAAAAAAUAUGAAAUAAGAAUUGAAGCUAAAGAUCAAGGAGGGUUGACGGAUCUCAGUAAGGUAAUAAUCGAUAUUGUAGAUGUUAAUGAUAAUGCACCGGUCAUAAGCGUCAUGUCCUUUUCUAGUCCUCUGUCUGAGGAUGCUCCAAUGGGCUCGACCGUAGCUGUUUUUAAUGCUAAAGACGCAGACUCGGAAAGGAACGGGCAGAUCACGUGCACCAUAGAUAGACAAUUGCCUUUCAAAAUAAAAUCAUCAUUAACUAAUUAUUAUUCGCUGGUUUCAGAUACAGCUUUCGAUCGUGAAAAAACAGAGGAGUACAACAUAACUAUUACUGCGACAGAUUCGGGUUCCCCGCACCUGUCAAGUGCCAUAAAGUUGCACCUUAAAAUUUCUGACGUUAAUGACAAUCCUCCUUCGUUUGAUAAGUUAAUUUAUACUGCUCUCAUCACAGAGAAUAAUUCACCUGGAAUGUCAAUAAUCACUGUCAGCGCACAGGACUCUGACUCCAAUCAAAAUGCGAGAAUCUCUUAUAUCUUAGAAGACACACAAAUCGGUGGUUUCCCAGUAUCUACUUACGUAUCUAUACAUUCUGAAACUGGGGUUCUGAGCGCGGUUCGCUCCUUUGAUUAUGAGCAGAUUAAAGAGCUUCAGCUGGUGGUCAAAGCGCAGGAUGGAGGCUCUCCUCCACUCAGUAGCAAUGUGACUGUGAAAAUACUGAUCCAGGACCAGAACGACAACCCUCCUCAGGUUCUGUACCCAGUCCAGACUGGUGGCUCUGUGGUGGCUGAAAUGGUGCCUCGUUCAGCAGAUGUGGGCUAUCUGGUGACUAAAGUGGUGGCUGUUGAUGUGGACUCUGGACAGAAUGCCUGGCUGUCCUAUAAACUGCAGAAAGCCACAGACAGGGCGCUGUUUGAAGUGGGCUUACAGAAUGGAGAAAUCAGAACUAUCCGCCAAGUCAGUGAUAAAGAUGCAGUCAAACAGAGACUGACUGUUAUAGUGGAGGACAACGGGCAGCCCUCUCGUUCAGCUACAGUCAUUGUCAACGUGGCGGUGGCGGACAGCUUCCCUGAAGUGCUGUCGGAGUUCACUGACUUUCCACACGACAAGGAGUACAAUGACAACCUGACUUUUUACUUAGUGCUGGCUCUGGCUGUAGUUUCCUUCCUCUUCAUCACCUGUUUAGUUGUUAUUAUAUCAGUGAAAAUCUACAGAUGGAGACAGUCUCGCAUCCUGUAUCACUCCAAUCUGCCUGUGAUUCCAUAUUAUCCACCACGUUACUCGGACACUUUGGGGACAGGGACUCUCCAACACGUGUACAAUUACGAGGUGUGCAGGACGACUGACUCCAGAAAGAGUGACUGUAAGUUCGGCAGAGCUGGUAGUCAGAACGUGCUGAUAAUGGACCCCAGUUCUACAGGAACGAUGCAGCGGAUUCAGAAUGAGAAGAGCAUCCUGGAUGAACCAGACUCUCCUCUAGAGGUCAGUUAA